CUGCGUAAUGACGUAAUUAUUCAAGAUGGCCGGCAUCGCGGAGCUUGGUUAAUUCAGGAGCCUGUAUCAAUCCGAUUGCAUCGGCGCAAACUGUCAAAUUAAUCGGCAUUAUGACUGAACAGCUCCAUCUGAGAGGGACGUUAAGAGGCCACAAUGGCUGGGUGACGCAGAUCGCCACCAACCCCAAGUUUCCUGACACGGUACUGUCUUCGUCUCGGGACAAAACAUUGAUCUUGUGGAGGCUAACUCGGGACGAUGCGAGCUACGGUGUUGCGACUCGGCGGCUCAGAGGUCACGGGCACUUCGUGACGGAUGUGGUGCUGUCUUCCGACGGCCAGUACGCCCUGUCCUGCUCUUGGGACAAGACACUCCGCCUCUGGGAUCUCGCAGUAGGCAGCAGCACUCGUCGUUUCGAGGGACACGAAAAAGACGUUCUGAGCGUUGCAUUUUCGGCUGACAACCGCCAGAUUGUGUCUGGGUCUCGGGAUAAGACCAUCAAGUUGUGGAAUACCCUGGCCGAAUGCAAGUACACCAUAAAGGAGGACCAGCACGAGGACUGGGUGUCAUGCGUGCGCUUCUCCCCGAACCACGGGGACCCCACGGUGGUGUCCUGUGGCUGGGACAGCAAGGUAAAGGUGUGGAACCUCACCAACUGCAAGAUGCGGGCCGAGUACGGACAUGGGGGAUACCUCAACGCCGUCACUGUGUCCCCGGACGGGACCCUGUGCGCCUCAGGUGGUAAGGACUGCAAGGCCAACCUGUGGGACCUGGAGAAGAGCGAGCUCAAGUGCACCCGCGACAACCAGGACAUCAUCAAUGCCCUGUGCUACAGCCCCAACCGCUACUGGCUCUGCGUGGCCACCGGGUCUGCCAUCAAGAUAUGGAAUCUGGAGGACAACAGCCAGGUGGACGAGCUGCGUCCCGAGGUGCUGACAACCAGCGCCAGGGCCGAACUGCCCCAGUGCAUCUCAUUGGCCUGGUCGGCAGAUGGGCAGACGCUGUUUGCGGGCUACACGGACGGCCUGGUACGGGUCUGGCAGGUCUCGGUGGGCGUCCCCCAGUGACCAAUCUCUGGCCGUGGCACUUCCGAGAACUGGAUGAUCCGUCAAUGGGUCGGUGCCAAAGAAGGCCGUCCUCGGUGCCCCGUCUUGCGGGCUUCCGAGCUGCCCGACCGGUGAGGCAGGGUGUGUGUGUUUGUGCAAUAUUUAUAUGGGCCUGUUAACGGUUCUUUUUUUUUUUUUUUUACGGUUUUCUCCUUUGCCAAUUUCUCCAAAACUUUGCGUUUUCCUAUCUUUAUCGGGGUUUCCACAGGUUCUCGGACUUUCUCAAAAUUUUCGAAUUUGAUUCAAUAAGGCGUUUUGUUGACGAGGAACGAAGGAACGAAACUUGGAGCCGCGGUCGACAGUUUGACAUUUUGGUGGACGCGUGCUGAAAACACGGCGAGGUAGCGAGUCGUGUUGCCUGUACUACUGUGAUGUUGGAGCAUCAGGAAAAUAUGGAACACAGAAACUGCUAAGCAUUAGUGAGAAUAGUAAAAGAAACUACAGGAGGUAUUUUAAAGUUUGCACUUAAACGCCACUUCGGGAAGAUGUCCUCGUCAUUGUCAUGUGCUAUAGUAUCCUUUAAAAAAGAGGAAGUGCUGUGGUAGUUGGGUCCUUGAAAAUGUCUCAGCUUGCUGCUAAAAGCUCCGAGACUCUUGAACGAUUCUUUUGCUGGAACCCCGUUAGUCUGGAGACGCCAACAUUUCUUACCAUCACCACUCCCACCUCCAGAAAAGUUACCUAGUCUUCUUGUCGCCUUUUUUAAAACUUGCAGUCACCUGGCUUAAACAGCUUGUUUUGCACAUGACGUUACAAGGAGGAGGCAGGGGGUUUGGCUCCAAAAACAGCAUAGCCCAAAGAAAGUGCCUUUCAUGUGAGGAAGCUGCCCUAGAAACUUGGGAUGUGAAGUUUGUAAAAGAUUAAGGUUUCUUCAGUGGAUGGUCAGGCACGUCCUGCAAGCCGUUUUUGUCAAAUAUUGUUAAGGUUUAUCUCAUAUUUAUCUAAAGACCUCAAGUGGGAUGGUCCUGCCACGCAUUCUUAGAAGCCAAGAGCUGAGGCCCAAAUUGAGCAGCUUGGUAGGACAAGCCAAAGAUACUUCAGAAAUGACCUAGCCAUUGACUUUGAAUAUCACUGUUGUCGCUCGAUCUCAAAGACUUGGCAACACGGCGCUUUUUUGUGUUUAUUAGCUUUGGCUGGAAAAAGGCAGGGUUCAACAGCAGGUCACGAGUGUUCUCCAAAAAAUAUUUAUUGCAUCUCUGUUCCUAAAUGCUCUGGUUAUUGUACAAAACGGAUAGUGCUGCUCUUUAUACCGGGCAAAACGCCCAAUAUAAAUAACAGUUCAUUUUAUCUGGUAAACGAGUUAGUAAUUUAUAUCUAAGUGUGCACUUGCUUGGUGAUGAACACUCACCGUUUUUAUUUUAUGCAACUUUCAAUGGUUAUUUGGAUGUUUAUAAUGCACUGUACAUCCUAAACCUUGUACAAGCUCAAACAUAUAUAUAUAUUAGUCUGUACAGCAUUGCUUUUUUUACAGAAGCAAGUCAGCUUAGUAUUUAACACAAGUAUGCCUGAGUGAACAAUAAAAAAAGUAUUACAUUAUUA